GGACAGACUGCUCCGCCCCAAUGUGGGUGAUUUGCCGUACCACAAACCUUGGCUUAAUGUCGUUAUCCGCAGUCCUCCCACGUAAACAGGGGAAUUGAGCUAUUUAAACAAGCUGCUUGCAUCUCGGUGUUCAUUUACUUCCGAGAGACAGCAACAAUUGACAGAUUCUUAUACUACGUCCAGAAGAAAUGGCCAUUGACCUUGGUAAGCAGUAUUUAUGGAGGUUGUUCUUGAUGUUACUACUCGUUAACGUCCCUCAGAGUCAAUCCAUCAAACCUCCAACAUUUCAAAGACCAAUUGGUUCCAUAUCAGAGCCAAAGGAAGACAGAUUUAUUUCAUUUGUUCCACACACAGUUCUUGUUCCAGAGGAGGUCGUCGCUGGUGUUCUUGAGGAAUACUUGCGAGACUCAAGAAAAUCAACGGAUCGUAAGAAGAGUGUUUUUGCUGCAGGAAAUCUCCUACAUCUGUUACAAAACCUCAAGUCACAGCGAGGACGACAGUUAAAAGUUGCUAGUAAAAGCGUUCGCUUUGGAAUAAGCAGAAAAUAAUUACGAGCCUUUUACAUCUAUUGUAACCAAAUGCUAUUAUGACGACUGUUUCUUGUCACCGUUAAAUUCUAACCUAUUAUAACAAAGUGAAAACAAAACUUUGUAAUGUUUUCCUUAAUUUGCAGAACUGUAAGUGGAAUACCAAUUUUCUUAAGUUAAUCAUUUCUUUGUAAAGCUAUCUUGGGCGUUUGUGCAAAUAAAUAUAAUUUGUUG